GGCUGUACGAACACCCGAAGUGGCAGUGAGAAACAUGGCGGACGAAUUGUGGUAAUGUGGAAAUGCCUCUGAUCAAGGAAGGACUUUUUGUCGGAACACGGGUUGAUGCAAGCAAUUUAGUAAGUGUCAAGUUACCAGAUGCCACUUUAAGAAUCCUCACUGUGGACAGUGAACCGCUUCAAAUCGAGGAAGAUGGAGUUUCGACAAAGCAUGUCACUUGCCUGGACGAACCCGAAGCAGAUCUUCUAAGUUUCUUUGACGAAUGUUCCGACUUCAUCACAACUGGUUUACAAAACAAGCAAACUGUGGUCGUUCAUUGCCUAGAGGGUGUGUCACGCAGUGUUACUGUUGUUUUGGCCCAUCUGAUGAAAUCAGACCAGUUGUCAGUGGAUGAGGCUGUUGCUUUUAUGAAGAAAAUUUAUCCCAAAGCCAAUCCCAAUGUUGGCUUUCUUGAGCAACUUCAACUUUACGAAGCAAUGGGAAGUACAGUUGAUAAAACUCAUCCUGCUUACAAACAAUACCGCCUGCAGCUGUUGGCCAGUCAGAUACAGAGUACACAGUUGGUGACAAAAGAUCUUCUCUCAUCAUUGAUUGAGGAACUCAAAGACAACACUGCCUCAAAUGACAAGAAGUAUAAAUGUAGAAAAUGUAGGUUUAUGUUAUUUGGUGGUGAUUCAAGCAUUGACCACGAGCCUGGCAGUGGUCAAGUGUCAUUCAGGCGGCAUAAACAGGAUUCCAGUGCUGUAAACUGGAGUAACAGCAGCAGCAAGGGUCCAUGUACAUCCCUUUUUAUUGAACCUGUGAGCUGGAUGCUUCCUUUACUUGAGGGAACAAUUGAUGGAAAGCUUCCUUGUCCUAAGUGUGGUGGAAGAUUGGGCUCAUUCAACUGGGCAGGAAUGCAGUGUUCUUGUGGAAAGUGGGUGACACCAGCAUUUCAGAUUCACAAAAACAGAGUUGAUGAAUCAAGGAUAGUAUGCCGAUCUUUUGUUCAACCAAUUCAACCUGAGCAGAGUUCAAGCUAGGACAAUGUCUUGCACUUCUGUCAGUAUAUCCUGUCCAGGAAAACAACCAAGCCCCUUAAUUAAAUAAAGACACAUGGUUUGGCUACAUUCAACAUCUCAAGUUUCUUUCAAUUGGUACUGUCCGAGCAGAUAAGAGUGAAUACUGCUCAAGGUCAUGUACUUCACAUACAGAUUUAAAGUGGCUUAGAGGCAAUAACGACAAAAAUCAUACAAGAGAGACAUGCACAACAAGCCUAAAAUUCAUCACCCUCUUAUAAAUCUAAAAAGAGGAAAUCCAGUAUAACUGUGUGUGCAACUUGUGAUGAUAAAAAUGUUACUUAGGUAGGGUCUAAUGAAGGGCCACUGAAGAUGCCAUCACAUGUAAGAGGCAACAAGAAUCCUUUGGUCAAAUUUUAUUGUUUGAAUUAAACAUUUUAACCCUACUUUUCAACAGCACAGGCCAUUUACUUUCUCUUGACAUGGCAAAUCAGAAGCUUCAUUAGCUAAUUUAAAGCCUUCAAUAUCUCCUGAAUAAACUUUUCUAGCUUUCUUGCCCACUCAACAAGGCAUCAGACAAACUAUACAUUAUUUCCAGUCAAAUUUGAAAGAGCAAGUGGGAUUUUAGACUUUUAGUUCUAGCUUAAUAGCAUAUAACUCAAGUCACACACUUCUGCUAGCCCCACACUGAUAUACAUAGUAUUGUCUUUUUGAUCUGAUGUAGGAUCUCCACCAAUGGUCAAUUAACUGUUACUACAUCCACUAAUGGAAUUUAGUUUACUAAUUAUCAUUCUUUGACUAUAGAAGUUAACCUAUGUACUCAGACCAUUAAGCACAGAAGUAUUUUCUUUUUUUGCCAUUUAGCACAAUCAGGCUACAUUUCAUGGCUAAUGACACUUCUCAGUACUGUGCACUUUAGGUAUAUCUAAACCUCAAGUUCUGGAUGAGUAGUCACUCUCUUUCCUUUUACAUUGAAUUAUACUGUAAGGCCAAUCUGUGAAGUGCUCAAAAGUACAUGUACACCUCUUAACCUACUUCUGGUAGUGCAUGCACCUUUCAUUUU